AUGGCAGCUACGAAAUCCAUUUACCGUGUGUCCAUCGCCCGCUCUUGCUGUGCUCGCCCCGCAUCCUUGUCGAGCAGUAUACGACCUCUCUACCAAUCUCGCUUCCAGACUACGGUGUCUCCAGACAUUGUGAAUAAAUUGGAUGAGACGACUGCAAGAAUGUCUUCUGCCAAUACUGGACCUGUUUCGGAUCUAAUCAAGCAUGAUCAUGCGGAGCUGAAGGAGUUUUAUGAGAAUGUGCUGAGGGCAAGCGAUGAAGAUGCAAAGGUCCGUUGGCAGAACCAGUUCACCUGGGAAUUAGCUCGACAUUCCAUCGGUGAAGAGCUUGUAGUGUAUCCAGCCAUGGAAAACUACAUGGGCGAAGAGGGCAAGCGUCUUGCCGACAAGGAUCGAGCUGAACAUAACGAGGUCAAAGAGCUCUUGUACAAGUUCCAGGGUCUAUAUCCAUCUGAUACAGACUUUGAACCGACACUCAAGUCGCUCUGGAACACCCUAAGCCAACACAUUGAGGAAGAGGAAACAGAAGAUCUCCCAAAGCUCGAAGAUGCGCUGCGGGAUUAUGAUCCGGAUUACUCGGCCCACCUUGCAAAGAGCUUCGGAAGGACCAAGAAGUUUGUGCCAACUCGCAGCCAUCCUGCAGCACCAGACAAGCCUCCUUUCGAAACUGUCGUUGGACUCAUGACUGCGCCCUUGGACAGGCUGGGUGAUAUCUUCCGGCGUUUCCCAAAGGAUUAG